CCAACAACCAACAACCAACAAACAGCACCAGAGCCGGCCAUCAUGCAAGCUGAUCAUCGCAUCCCACUCAGAUUCUUAUAUAUUUAAGCCGGAAUCUCCGGCACGAUCGCCGUGACAGUGGUCCUGACAGCGGUCCCAUACAAAUUGGCCGCGCGCGCAACGACGAGGAGUGUUCCUCUAUCUCAGGUUAUGUCUCGCGACCAGGGUGCGUUCGGAGAGGGAAAAACCAAAAGCAGCUCGAGGCCGCAAUCGAUGAAACCCCAACCAACCAGGCUUGAACGUGUCUACGAUGGAAAUUGGAAGAAAAUAACAGGUCACCGAGAGAGGAAAAGAGCCGUUUCCCUGCUAAGCUGGGCGGCAUUUGCUGCCACCAACAUUCCCCCAACCGCCCUCGGUUGUCUGUAUCCUGGUUGCAGGGUCAGUGUGGCGAUGGUUGGGUCAAGCAGGCUUUCUCGGUUGGUUGGUCUCCAUCUGAAUUCGUAGCGAUGUGCUCGUAAGACAAGCUCUUGACGAGUGAGCCCAGCAGCUUGGCCGGUCUUGUCUCCU